ACGGUGAAAAUUUAGCGAAUAGGGUUAGUGGUGGACAGAAAAUGCGGUGAGAGGGUAACUUGUUGUCCUUGAGAUUCUCCCUCUCUUCCUCUCAUUUUCAUUAAUUCACUUUUGUUUGUAAAUUUUCUGUUGAUAUUUUCAUUGAUGAAACAGUAUUUUCAUUCAUCAAAAGUUUUUAUUUUUUAUUUUAUUUAUUUCUUCUGGCGAUGGAUAAAUGAAUAGAUAGAUAUGUCGACUUUAACAAUACCUUCAGCAACUUCUCCUCGUGAUGAUGCUACCCAACUACAUCGGGCUUUCAAAGGAAUAGGAUGUGAUACUGGAGUAGUUGUCAGCAUUCUUGCGCACAGGGAUGCAACGCAGCGCGAUGACAUUCAACAAGAAUUUGAAACCAUGUACUCAUAUGACCUUAAGAAAGAGCUAUCUUCAGAGCUUCAUGGCCAUCUUAAGAAAGCAGUGAUGCUCUGGAUGCAAAAUUCGUUGGACCGACAUGUUACUACACUCAGGCAGGCUUUAACAGGACCUAUUAUUGAACUUAAAGCUGCAACGGAAAUAAUAUGUUCCCGGGCAUCAUCCCAGAUUCGACAAAUUAAACAGGCUUAUACUUCCGCUCACGGUACUCACCUCGAGUAUGAUAUUCAAGCUCAUACAUCUGGCAAUCAUAAAGAGUUACUGCUGGCAUAUAUAAAUGUGUCCCGGUACGAAGGACCAGAAAUGGAUAGAGUGCUGGUAGAGAAUGAUGCUAAAACUAUGCAUAAACUUGGAGAGAAAAAAUUUGGAAUGGAUGAUAAGAUUUUGAUACAGAUUUUUAGUGAAAGAAGCAGAUCACAUUUGGUGGCUCUUGCUUCCACUUAUCAAAAAUUGUAUGGGAAGGAACUGAGAAGGGCAAUCAAGAAAGGAACAACAGGAAAUUUCAAGUUUGCCCUGUUAACAAUUUUGCAAUGCGCCAAUAAUCCUGCUAAGUAUUUCGCUAUGGUACUGCGGAAGGCGAUGAAGGGUUUAGGAACGAAAGACACUACAUUAAUCAGGAUAGUAGUUACAAGGGCUGAGCUAGAUAUGCAGAAAAUAAAGGAAGAAUACAACAAGCUGUAUAAGAAAUCACUAACAGAUGCUGUUCACUCUGAGACAUCAGGCCAUUAUAGGACCUUUCUUCUUUCACUUUUAGGCUCUACUGAUCACUAGUCUUUGCAAUCUAAUGUGGAAAAUCCUUUGUAACAUAAAUUUUAUUAUAAACUACCAGAUUCUUUACACUGAGAACUGACUGCAAAUAGAAUCAAGCCUGUUGUACGUUGAGUAUGAUUUGAAAGCUCGGCAAGCUAUUUGCUUAACCAGCAAUAACUUUCUUUGUGGCUGAUCAUGCCAACAGAAUGCAGCAUUAAGUAAGCCGAACCAAAUGGUGAUAUACCGUUUGAGAUGUUCCUCUAUUUAGAUAUUUUCCUGCUGCAAUUUACCACCGCAUCAAAUGUCUGUUUUUGAGAAUUGUACUGUCAUCAUAACAAAUUCUGCUGAUAUAUUUAAUAUUUGGUUGUUGGGUGA